AUUUUCACUUUCAUAGUUUUAUCUUCAAACUGGUUGUAGUUCUAUUUCAUCCCUACUGACCGCCAGAGGGCGGUGCUAAAAGCACUGAACGUUCCCUUUGCACAUGCACCAUUCGAGCUGUAAUACCAACAGUCACACCUGUGACCAAUCGGAUGACUAAUCAGAGGCUAUAUAGCUGGACGUCAUCCGAAGCUCUGUUCCUCUUUUCUUCUCGCAUACAGUUCUUUUCUCUUGUGGAAUAUUUCGCUGUCGUUUGGACGUCCCGAUUGCCAGUUGGCUGGAGUAGCGGUGUAUCGCCCUCCAUCACGUUCCCACUUCUACGGAGUCUGUGUCAAGAUGCUCCAUGGUGUCUUCCAACCAGGAGGGACCUAUUGUCUCAGUCGGGGGGGACUGAUCUGGCACCCCAAUCCUCACCACCUCAGGCUGUGGGUGUGGCCACUGGGAGGCUUGAGCAGCAGCUGACUGGAUAUUCAGACUCUGUCAGCGGUGUGCUGACCGCGAUGAGGACCCAGUCUCCUGUGUGGUGCCCACUAUCCUGGAGUUUCUUCAAUCUCUCCUCGAUAAAGGGCCGCUCUCCAUCAACACUUAAGGUAUAUGUGGCGGCACUAUCAUCUAAUCAUGCUGUCGUUGAUGGUGGUACAAUUGGAAGCCAUAACCUGGUUUCUCUUUUUCUGAGUGGCGCUCGCAGGUUGCACCCGCCAACAGUUCUGCGGGCACCUGCUUGGGAUUUGCCCUUGGUCCUCGAAGCCCUGCGCCACACUCCCUUCAAGCCUUUGCUUCAGGCUGACCUCAAGUGGCUCUCAUGUAAGACAGCAUUUUUAUUAGCUAUUGUCUCAGCUAAAAGGGUCGGCGAGCUGCAUGCUCUCUCUGCCAGCCCGUCAUGUCUCAAAUGGGCCCCAGAUGGCUCUGGUGUUACCUUGUGGCCAAACACUGCAUUUGUCCCUAAAGUUUUUUCGCAUUUCCAUUGUAACCAGCCACUGAGAUUGGCGCGUUUUCCGCCUACGUCAGGAGGGACUGGCGAUAGGCCUGACAUAUCGUGCCCAGUGAGGGCGUUGGAGACAUAUAUUGCUGCUACUGCUCCUAUAAGACGCUCAGACCAGCUGUUCUUAUGUUAUGGAGGCCCUAGAUUAGGCCAUCCCCUUUCAAAACAGUGUCUCUCCCACUGGAUUAUGGAUGUCAUCUGCCACGCCUACAGGGCAGGAGGCUGCGAAGGGAAUAUUCAGUGCUUUUAGCACCGCACUCUGGCAGUUAUUCAGGAUUCAUAGAACCGUAGUUACAUACGUAACUUUCGUUUUAACUGUCUUGGAUGAUCAUAGAAAUGGUUUUUUACCAGCCGUUAGUCAAGAUUUGGAUGUUUCUG